AUGACAUUUAAUAAUGAAACAAAUAUUGUCAUAGGAAAUAAGCAUAAUAAUGAACAACAACAUCAUGAACAUCGAACAGGUGCAGUUAUCACAACAUAUGAUUGUUCUGUAUGUUCGUUACCAAUAUGUGAUCAAUUUGUAUUUAAAGUAAAUGAAAAUCAUUUUCAUUCAUUAUGUUUAAAUUGUUCAGAAUGUCGUAUAAAAUUACUUGAUAAAUGUUAUUCAAGAGAUGGAAGUGUUUAUUGUAAAGAAGAUUUUUUUAAAAAAUUUGGUACAAAAUGUGCAUCAUGUGGUAAUGGUAUUCCACCAUCUGAAGUUGUACGACGUGCAAGUGAUUAUGUUUAUCAUUUACAAUGUUUUGCUUGUCUUAUUUGUCAUCGUCAAUUGAAUACAGGUGAUGAGUUUUAUUUAAUUGAUGAUCAAAAACUUGUUUGUAAAAUUGACUAUGAAACAUUAAAAAAUAAAGAAUUUGAUGAUACAAAUAAAAGGCCACGUACAACUAUAACACAAAAACAACUUGAAAUUCUUAAACAAGCCUAUAAUACAAGUCCAAAACCUGCUAGACAUGUACGUGAAACAUUAGCAGCUGAAACUGGUUUAGAUAUGCGUGUUGUACAAGUUUGGUUUCAAAAUCGUCGAGCUAAAGAAAAACGUUUAAAAAAAGAUUCUGGUCGACGAUGGUCAAAUGUUCUACGUAAUGGAGCAGUCGAAGGAAAAACAACACGUAUGAAAACACGUAAAAAUCAUAGUAUGCAUCAAGAAGAAGAUACAAGUAACGACGGUGAUACAGCUGUAUCUUAUGAUGAAUUAUCUGAACGCGAAUCCGAUGAUUCAUUAUCACAUAUUCAUAAUAAUAAUCCUGUUUAUUCUGAUGUUAUAUCUCGAUCAGCACAUCCACCAUCAAAUGAAUUAAUUCCAUUCGAUUCUCCGUAUACAGAAACAAGUGGAUUUCUUGGUGGACCAAAUCGUACAUCAUCUUAUUCAACACAAUCAGGAUUAAUGCCAACAAAUUCAUUUUCAUCAUCAUCAUCAUCAAUGACAACGAAUGAUGAUCAUGCAUCAUCAUCGGAACUUGAUUAUUGUACACUUGUUACAAAUGGUAUAACAACAACAGGCGUAGUAAAUGGAAAUAAUAUUGAAUUUGGACAUCAUCAUUGGCUUGAUAAUCAAUCAUUAACUGGACAGCAGUGA